AUGAGCUUCUCGCUCACGUUCUCGGAGCUGGUCAACAUCGCCAUCCCACAGUGCGGGGUGGUGAACUUCAAGGCCCUGCACCUCCUGCUCCAGGGUAUCCUGGAGCACAUCCACAUGGCUGACCUCGAGAAGGUCCUCUCGGGGGACGAGGACUUCCUCCACACCUCGCCAGCCAUGUUCAUGCCCCGGGAAGGAGACUCCCAGCCCAUCCUUAACCCCAUGAAGAGGCUCGGCAACGUCUUCGACCACCUGGUGAGCCGCGUGGACAAGAUGGAGAGCCAGCUGGCUGUGCUGCAGGAACUGCCCUCCACCUCCCAGCUGCUGGAAGGCAGCCAGGGCACUGGCCAGCCCGCCCAGGACUUGUGGAACCUGAUAAAGCUCCGGAAGAUAGUGGAGGGCAACGAGGAAGCCAUGGCCAAGUCCAUGAAGACCCUGCAGGAUUUGCUCACCAACAUUUACGCACUCAGGGUCACUGUUGAAACCCUCAGGAAGGAUGUGGCCAUGCUGAAGGACAUGUUUGACAAGAUGCAUCUGGAAAGAAUAGAUGCUUUCUCUGAAGAUUUGAAAGAGCAGAACCGGAAGAUGAGUGCACUGCAGCGGGAAGUGAUUUCUCUCCAGAACAAGAUAACCACCAUGCCCAAAACUGAGGACAUGGUGCUCUGGAGCAGCCUCCAUGAGGCCAUGUUCACCCCGGGAACUGCUCCACAACUGCUGGAUGAUUCUGAGCUAUGGCAGAUUGCGGAACAUGUUGCAGAGACCAACCUUCCCCAGAUGGCUGAGUACCACGAAGAAGUUAGCCACAGCCAGGUCGUGGAGGCCAUCCAGUGCCCCAGAUUCCUGGAGACCAUCUGGCAUUACCAAGUCCCAGGGCAGCUACAGGAGGAGGAGUCUGCCCAAGCAGUUCUGCUCCCCAGGGCCCAGGGGCCGGACCAGGCCCAAGUGCUCAAACCUGGGCCUGCGCCUGGACCUGGGCCUGCGCCUGGACCUGGGCCUGCGUUCAGACCUGGGCCUGCGUCUGGACCUGGGCCUGCCCCUGGACUGGGGCCUGCCCCAGGUCCUCAGCCCACACAAUCAGGAUCCUGGCCUGUACCACCACGAGGCUGGCCUCCUCCCAGAGGCUUGCCUGGGACCAGCUUGGGCUAUUUCCAGCCUGGCCCAGGCCCGUCGGGCUCCCUGUCUGCCCAGCUCUGGGGCUCUAGGGUCCUACCCCCAGCCACGGAACUCGGCUCAGCUUGGCCUCGUUCACUGCGGUCAUGGUCUCGCCAGGGAGACACAUCCAAGCUCUCAGCUGUCUCAGAAAAGGAGGAAGAAUAUUCCUCUGUGGAAGUGGGAGUCCCUCAGGAUGGAGCCCCAAGGGCUGAGGCCUCCACGGAAGUACUCCCUAAGGGAUCCCCGUCUGCGGUUCAGCAGAUAAAGUCCGACACUGCCAUUGCAGCUGCUGCCGCAGCCGCCUACGCAGCUUCAGCGACAUUGGCAGCCCUGGCAGCUAAGGCGGCUGCCAGGCUGGUCAGGGACACCCCGGCCACCAAAUUGGCCACCAUAGCAACAGCCGUGGCCGCAUCCGGGCCCUUAGGGGUCCUUGCAGACAUCCUGGGCGCGGGGACCUCCCGCGGGGCCUUCACCGAGGACGGCGAGAUGGAAGACUUGCAGGAGGUGGACUAUGAGGAUGUCCUCUCUCCUUCAUUCUCUGCUGCCAGUGUCCCUCCCAACAUGGCCCUGUCCCAGGCCGUGCUGGCUGCCAAACAGGCCAUGACCCCUGAAGACAAGAAGAAGGCCGUCAGGUAUUCCAUGAGCCACAUAGCCCAGAUGCCCAUUAGACAUGACUCCCUGCAAGAAGAGUUCGCCCAGCUGUCAUCCAACCUGCAUCAGCGUAUGACUUAUCUAGCUAAUAUGGGAGCCUCUUCCAAGCUUGGGACAACAGUGGACGUAUUGCAAGAAAAGAUUGGCAGCCUCCAGAAAUCCAGGAUGAGGGAGGAGGAACUUGAGAGAAUUUGGGGCCACCAGAUAGAGAUGAUAAAGGACCACCACCUUGUGCUGGACAGGGCAGUGGACAAGCUCCAGAUUCGCCUGGGUGAGUUUAAGGUUGUCCAUUCUCAGAUUAAAAACCUAGAAAUGUACAAGGCAGACAAAAGUGUGAUGGAGCAGGAGCUGAAAGAGAAAGCCAACAGGAGCUCCCUGGCAGGCAAGGGAAGCCGGGCUGACCUGGACGCAGUGGCGAUGGAGCUGAAUGAGACGAUUCAGGGCAUGCUGUUCAGGGUUAUGGCCAAUGAGGAUGACUGGAAGAAGACUGUGGCGCAGCUGGAUAAAGACCUACGCACCAAGCUGGUUCCCAGUGAUUUGGACAACCUGAAGAAAGACGUGGAUGAGGUCUGGAAAGUAGUCAGGAAGCUGCUGGUUGAAGGCUUCCGGUUCGACCCCGACAGCGCUGCCGGCUUUAGGAAGAAACUGUUUGAGCAGGUGAAAUGCAUCUCCUGCCACCGGCCCGUGGAGAUGAUGACCAGCCCGCAACUCAUCACCAUCCGCAGUGCCCGCCUGCUGUCGCGGCUGCGGCCGGCCAGCGCCAACAGCUACGAGUACCUGCAGUGGCAACAGGUGAGGGAACAGCAGCGGCUGCAGAAGCUCCAGAACCUUGCAGCCCCGGAGGGGAGCCUGGACUCGCUGGGAUCCCCGCAGGACUGGGGUGACGGCCCUGGAAAUGACGCCAACCUUGAUUUCAAAUCAUGUAACUUGUCGACAGUCUACCCCUACGGGGACCCCGAGUUGUUGGACUAUGAUUCCGCCGAGGUGGACAUCCUGGGAGUGGAUGGGAUCCUGUACAAGGGCCGAAUGAACAGCAAGGACAGGGUGCGGCCUCUGACCGGCGCAGAGAAGGAGCUGGCAGCUGUGAAGGUUCCGCAUCCCCCCGCUCGAAGGCCAUAUGAGGGUGCGCGCCCGAGUGCCUUAUUUGGUGCCAUCUACCCCUCCCUGCACCCCCGCACCAGCAUGGGCUCAGCCGCCUCAGGCCCCCAGCCGACGAUGCCAGCUCAGCCUCCGUCUCUGCCUCCCCUGUCGCUGCUGCCACAGCUGAUGCCGUCCCUGCAGGAUCCCCAGCCGGCCCCAGGGCCUGCCGGGCACCCAAGGCUUCUGCGCCUCGAGUCCCGAGCCGGCAUGCAGUCCGCCAAGGAGCCCACCAAGCUGUGA